ACCGCAAUUGCGGCUGCGCGCUUCACAACAGAUCUCGCGGAGGGAACUGUCCUCACGCAUCUCCCAAAUCCACCAACGUAUCGUAUCCCAUAAGAAGGUCGAAGAGUGAGGGGUGGCUCGCCAUGACAGUUGCUUGCCGUUCUAAUACCUCACCGUCGCCGAUGGCUGCAGGGAGACCCCAUCUCGGAUUCAGUAUCGGAGAUCAGGAAGAAUCGUCUCACCAUUGGAUUUGACGAACUAAAUAAACCAGGUUGGAGACUUUGAUAAGAUCGACGCCGGUGAACGGGCGGACACAGCCGCUUCUAUUCAUGGACGACAGUACUAAGUCAUCGAUAUCGUCGUUGAGGGUGACAAAAGGGAGGAGGUUUGCACAGGUGGUGGGUGCGGGGACGGCAGAGUGCGCGGCAUGUUUUCUAUUGUUGUUCGUGCACGGUGAUGGAGCUACUGGUGCUAGGGUUCUACAAGGUACCCACGAGGUUGUGCAAGAAGGCGUGGAAGAAGAGGAAACGUCGACAAAUCUUGAAGAUGAAGAAGCAGGGGAUGAUGGGGGGAGGAAAUUGGAAGGAACUGGAUGCGAAGGCAGAUCAGGUGGCGGCAAAGAGCCAGGUUGGCAUUUCAGAGGUGCUGGCAAGGAGUGAUGGGGGGAGGAAACCCAGAUCUAGGUUUGCAGAGGUAAGGGAAAAGAAAAAGUAAAGGAGAGAGAGUGAAAGAGGAAGACGAGAUGAUGUUGAUGAAAAAAAUAUAUCAUUAUUUUUAAA